AUCAACUAUGACUUCACACGCGUCAAGCAGUUGAACAGCCCGAAAUCAGGGUAAAGAAGCCGCCUUAUUAAUCAGUUGUUGUUCUCGUCUGCCUUCCAAGGUUACUUCAAGAAAUCCAUUCUCCUUGUCUGCCUGUUUGUGGCCACCAAUUUUUUGCAUUUAUCUAACCACUGGCAGGCUGUGCAUGAUACCGUCAGUACCUCUGUGAAGGUUUCCCACAAGCCGCUGCUACAACGUACAGCCUUGUACCUGGUCCCUUUACCAACCCACCACCUUUCUGCGUGGGCACCUGAUAAUACGGUACACUAGUACUUGUGCCCAAGUAUUCUCCGAGAUCCUGCUAUUCCCCCAUCACUGAUACCAUCAACUUCAACAACCGCAUCAUCUCAUCAUUCAAGCACUGCAUGACCUUAAAGUCCUCAGAAAACAAUGCCUAGACCACGAGGGAAGAGAAAGGCAGAUGCCAUCGAGGUGGUUGAUCUUACCGGCGACGACGAAUCUCCCUCGUAUUCCAGGAAUGAGCCAUCACGUUCAAAAGCCGCAAAGACAUCAAGCUCGUCAUUCUCAUCGUCGCAAAAUCAGAACAAUCAUGGCUAUGGAUCCGCGCCUCUGCCCACGCCACCACCAUCCAGUCAAGCCCGAGCCAGCCAUGGAGGGCCAUACCCAAACUCGCAAUCACAGUCAAGUCCAUCGAGUGACUACUACCGCAGCCAACCGACCCUAACACCAGCAAGCAAAGCUGAACGCGAACGCUGGGCUUUACCAACACCUGGAUCCGCGACCACCACAAAACACAACACCUUCCCAUCGACACAAGACGACGAAGCAGACAUAGCGCGGGAGAUUGACCUAACGGAAGACUUCGACGAUGACGUGUACGAAAACUACCAACUGUACGGGAUCUUGAACACCAAGAUCGUCGGGUGCCGGUACUACGACGGACGGGCAACCGUAGGAGAAUAUGUGCGGGUUCGGCGCGAACCCAGCAACCCGUACGACACCAAUGCGAUCCGCAUAGACAACGUGCUGCGCGACCAGAUCGGCCACCUACCGCGCCAAGUGGCUGCGAAGCUGGCUCCGCUGAUGGAUUCUGGAUCAUUGCUGGUUGAAGGGGCGUUAACGGGGCCCAAAGGCUUCUAUGAUUGUCCCAUCGGUUUGAAACUGUUUGGGCCCAGUGACCCCGUGGCCGGAGCCGCGCUGGCUCGCCAGAUGAAGGACUUACGCCUCCCGGUGAGCGACUACCUCCGUUCCGAAAAAGAAAGAAAGAAACGCGAACAGGAAGCUGAAAAGCAGCGGAAAGCUCGAGAGAGGGCGGCGGCCGCCAUGCUUCGUAAACCCGGCGUCUCCAAAGACGAUCUCAUCGAUCAUGAGGGCCCAAAUCGCUACAGCGCACUUGGAAUGGGAGGGACCGGUCUGGAAGAGGACGAUGGCAGCAAGCAGCCACAGUUGGAGACCGUCGACCAGCUCCUCGCCGGCACGACUACGGCCAUGUUCAACCCUCGCGACGUUCAGGAUGUCGUCAACAAACUCGGCGCGACAGAAGAUGUGCUGGAGAAGAUGCCUUUGGCUGACCAGCCGGAGCAGCUGGCCACGGUCCUGUUACCGUACCAGCGACAGGGCCUGCAGUGGAUGCUCGACCACGAGUCGCCGCAGCUGCCCAAGGACGGCGGCGAUGUCGUGCAACUGUGGAAGAAGGCUGGAAACGUCUACACCAACAUUGCCACCAACUUCUCCUUUACCAAAGCGCCCGAGUUGGCUAGUGGAGGUUUACUGGCCGAUGACAUGGGUCUCGGCAAAACUAUCCAAGUCAUCUCCCUCAUUUUGGCGGAUCCGCACAAGAACGGCCAUCCCACGCUGAUCAUAGCCCCCUUGUCCGUGAUGAGUAAUUGGAGCCAGCAAGCUGCUUUGCACGUGAAGAACAAAUACGCUCUACGGGUCCUGACAUACCAUGGACAGGGAAAUACAGAUCUGUCACCAAAGCAGCUGAAAGAGUACGACAUUGUAGUUACAACCUACCAGACCAUGACGCGGGAACUAUUCCCAGCCUACACCUCGGAGCCACUACCUACGCCCGCAGCCAGAGGGUUGUUCUCAUUAGAGUGGCGUCGGAUCGUGCUCGAUGAAGGACAUCAAAUCCGCAACCCCAAGGCCAAAAUGUCCCAAGCUGCAUGCAAGCUCGCCGCGCAGUCCCGCUGGGUGCUCACCGGAACCCCGAUUGUAAAUAACCUCAAGGAUCUGUACUCACACGUCAAGUUCCUGCGUCUUUCCGGUGGCUUGACGGAACUUGAGAUCUUCAACUCGACGCUUAUUCGGCCGCUCAAGAACGGCGAAAAUAACGCCCGAUUGCUGCUGCAAGCCCUUGUGUCGACAUUGUGCCUUCGGCGGAUGAAGGAUAUGAAGUUCAUUGAUCUGAAGCUUCCAGAGAUCACUUUCCACAAAUACGCAAUCAAGUUCUUGCCUCAUGAACAGGAACGAUACGAAGCAUUCAGGAGCGAGGCCAAGGGACUACUUGAAACCGCAAAGACUAGGAAAGGAGACAAGACCAUGACGCACCUUCUUGAAGUCCUUCUUCGACUGCGCCAGACUUGCAACCAUUGGAAAAUGUGCGGCGAGGAAAGAGUGAAAAAGCUGCUUGAGCUCAUCGAAGAAGGCACCGUUGCAGACGUGAUGAACCCAGCCAACAGAAAGACGCUCCAGGACUUGUUGCAGCUACAGAUCGAUUCUCAGGAGGAUUGUUGUGUAUGCCUGGACUCGCUGAAAGGCCCGGUAAUCACGGCAUGCGCUCAUGUCUUCUGUCGGGACUGCAUCCAAAGAGUCAUUGAGACGCAGCGCAAGUGUCCCAUGUGCCGUGCUGAGCUGACAAACGUUGACCAACUGGUUGAGCCGGCUGCGGGGAUUGGCGAAGGUGACGAGGUGGAUCUUGACAUCGACCCCGACACAACCAGUUCCAAGAUCGAGGCACUGGUCAAAAUUCUAAAGGCUUCGGAAGCGGACCCAGACGUGAAAACGGUCGUCUUCUCUCAAUGGACCUCGUUUCUGGAUCUGGUGCAGGCUCAACUGGUCCGCCACGGACUGCAGUUUACGCGAUUGGAUGGUAAGAUGAACUCUGCCGGCCGUGAUGCCGCGAUCGAGUCGCUGAACUCAGACCCUUCGUGCAAGAUACUGCUGGCAUCUCUGUCUGUCUGCUCGGUCGGCCUCAAUCUUGUGGCUGCCAAUCAAGUCAUACUGGCAGACUCAUGGUGGGCGCCGGCGAUCGAGGAUCAAGCGGUGGACCGCGUGCAUCGACUGGGACAGACCAGAAACUGUAAGGUGAUUCGACUGGUUGUCGAGGGUACGAUUGAAGACGAGGUUCUAGAAAUCCAAGCUAAGAAGAGGAAACUCGCCAGCGAGGCUUUUGGAGAGCAGAGUGCUGGUAGACAGCGUAAAGAAAUGCGUGCAGGGACGCUGAGGGAUAUUGAGAGAUUGCUGGGUUGAAGAGAUCAAAAUUUCUUUUCUGUUUGAGACUAUCCGAGGGGCGAAAGAAAAAAAAAAGACAUCCAUUGUAUGCUAUGCACAAUGUUGUAGAUUGAUGUGUGGAGAGGUGUCUCACCACAAAUGGAAAGAUUCUAUUGUGGAGAGUUUGCAGGCAACUAGCCGCGACGAGAGAUUUGAUAGACGGGACAAACAACAUGUGCUUUUUAAUGUGGGUUGCCUUGCCAUACCCUUCUUACCUAGCAUGCCUUCAAAUCGGAAAUAUUCAGGUGGCGUUGAGAUUUGAUUGGGGCGGUGGAAUUAGAGUAGUGCGCAAUGUUCAACCUGUCUUUCUGUCCCGAAGCGCACUGACGGCUGUCUGUUUGUGUUCCUGAGAGCGGAACGCGCCUCCUAGAGGCUCCUGCACAGGACCAUCAUAUUUCCCGGCCGGUCCCUGGAAGCUGAGGUGUAACGCAUUUGCCAGGCGGGCGGCGCCGCGUCUGUGCCUUGUGGCCUUAGCAGCUGUUGAAAAGUGUGCUCGGUAAAGGAUACCGAGCAGCCACGCAACCUCUUGUGAGGACAUUAAGCUCGUUCACACUGAGCAGGACACCAUGGCAACCAGCCACCCGCCACAAAGUUCCGUGUUGGAAAAGGUGCUAGUAGGGGAAAGGCAGUCGGAAGGUCUAGGAAAAGGCUGACAACCUGGGGGAUCGAUUGGAUGAAGGCUGCCAGUGCCUAAACUCGCCUAAAUAGCCUGCCACGGAAUAGCAAUAACGGAGCCUAGCAAAGGCGUUGAAAUUGGACGACACGUCUGCUUAUCGCCGGAAGAGAGGGCGAGCCGUGGCUAGAGCACUAGAUUGUUUCUGUGGCUGACUUGACGGGCAUCCUCGAGUUCCGGGUCCAUCAUCGCAUGAUUGUGCACAUGUGUUCCCACAGUGUCAC